UAAUGACAGCAGCCGUGGCUUUGCGUGGACGCUCUUCUCCCCAUCGCCGCAUGUGGCCUUUGAACCCAUUGUUGUGUCGCGGCUGACGUCAGUGCCGUCGGAGCGAGCGAGCGAGCGGCAUGCGCCUGGCGAGACAAAGGCGGCGGAGAGCUACUAGAGCGGGCUACGCCGGAGAGAGCGAACGGGGUCACGGAGCUCCCAAUCCCACUUUGUUUUUUUUUUCUCCCUCCCCACCCAAAGAGCCAACACGGUUUCGGGGGCUGGCGUUUCCCCGACCAUGAAAACACUCUCAGGAAUACUCAGAGACAGCAACGGGCAUCCUCUAACGUUUUGUAUUUAUAUUUUUAGGGGGACAACUCGCAUCUUUUAACGCCCCCCCCCCCAGUUUUAGCGUGCUAGGCGGCUAACGUGUUAGCUCUAAAAAGGCUGCUCCUCCCUCCUCCUUGUUCCUCCUCUUCUUUUUCUUCUUCCCGGCUUACUUUCUCAUUUGUUCUUGAAGGAACGAGGUGACAGCGAAGCGUGGCGAGAGCGAGUCGACAAAGUGAGGAUAAAGUAAGUUCGGACGCUGUGAGUGCAUUUAGGAAUCAAAGUCUCACUCCCGACAAGCAGGCAUCCGUGAUCUGAUGUGAUAUCCACGGAGAGACUAUGCCUAGCCCUUUAUUCCACCCGGACAUAAUGGACCACGACGUGGUGAUCAGCAGCCAGCACAAUGGGGUCGCUCUGCCCCGAGAAACGGACCAGGAGUCCCGGGACGAGGACCACCAGGAGGUGCUCCGCUUCGCCCUGGACCAGCUGUCACUCAUGGCCCUGGAGAAGGUGGACUGUGGAGGCGGGCUGGUCGACACACUGGACGGGACCCAGGCUCCCGGCUCGGAGGGCUACGCGGACCUCCAAGUGUCCCGGGACUCGCCGACCUCCUGCUCCCCCUCCCCGGAGUACUACGGCUCGGUCGGCUACCACAUGGCCGGCGGCGGCGGCUCGCACCCGAUGCUCCACGGGGAACAAAGCUCCUCCGUCCUGUGCAACCGAAAGCGAAGCGUCAACAUGACGGAGUGUGUUCCCGUGCCCAGCUCCGAGCAUGUGGCCGAGAUCGUGGGGAGACAAGGUUGUAAGAUCAAAGCCUUGCGUGCUAAAACCAACACUUACAUAAAGACCCCCGUCCGUGGCGAGGAGCCGGUGUUCAUUGUGACGGGGCGCAGGGAGGACGUGGAGAUGGCCAAGCGGGAGAUCGUCUCUGCAGCCGAGCACUUCUCCAUGAUACGGGCGUCCCGUUGCAAAGCAGGAGGGUCCGGAGGAGGAGGGGGAAGUGGAGGAGGGGGAGGCUCACUUCCUGGACCACCGCACCUCCCUGGACAAACAACCAUUCAGGUGCGGGUGCCCUACAGAGUGGUGGGUCUGGUUGUGGGGCCGAAAGGAGCCACCAUCAAGCGCAUCCAGCAGCAGACCCACACCUACAUCGUGACGCCCAGUCGAGAGAAGGACCCCGUGUUUGAGGUGACCGGCAUGCCCGAAAACGUGGACCGCGCCAGGGAGGAAAUCGAGACUCACAUCACACUGAGAACCGGAACCUUCGUCGACCUCCAGGGGGACAACGACUUCCACACCAACGGCACGGAUGUCAGCCUGGAGGGCCUGGGCGCCCUUGGCGCCGGCCUGGGGGCAUCCUUGUGGUCCCGGGCCACCAACCACCAUUCCGCACCCCCGCCGCCUCCGCCCUCUCCGCCGCCUGCCGCCAUCCCAAUGUCUGUAACCCGCAAGAUGUCCUCCUCAGUGUCCUACCACGCGCACAACGGCGGGAUGAGCUCCGAAGGCUACGGCGGGGGCCGUAAGGGCAACGAGGGGGCCAGCCCCACCAGCCCCUUCAGCACGGGUUCCAGCAGCGCCGGCGGCGGAUUCACUUUUGGGGGCGACUCCACUCCGCUCCCCUCCUCAGACGAACUGGGCUUUGAAUUCAGCGCUUCCAACAUCUGGGCCCCUUUCGCCAACGGCACUAACAAAUCGGGCGGGUCCUCGCACCCGCAGCCGCCUCUUCGUCGCAACAGCAGCGGCCUGAGUGGCGGCGCCAUUACGCCGCGGCUGUCCCCGACGCUGCCUCAGGACGCGGGGGCCGGCCCCCUUGAGCACCCGCUGGCCCGCCGCGCCCAGAGCGACCCCCUGAGCACACUCUCUUGGCUGCAGUCUGGCAACGCGGGCGGCGGCGGCUCCGGCUCUGGCUCCUUCUCGGGGGGCUCCAGCUCUAGCUCGGGCGGCUCGUCCACCGGUUACUCCUCCUGCUCGGCGUCCUCGCUGCCCGGCGGUUCGCCCACCGACUCGGAGGGUGGCGUGGGCCUCAGCUCCGGGAUGCUCAGCCGGCUGAAAGGCGGGCCGGGCCCCGGCGUGGCGGGCCUGGUUGGCGCGGGACCCGGCGCCAACAGGGACUGCUUCGUGUGCUUCGAGAGCGAGGUGACCGCUGCCCUGGUGCCCUGCGGCCACAACCUCUUUUGCAUGGAGUGUGCCGGGCAGAUCUGCCAGUCCGCCGAGCCUGAGUGCCCCGUGUGCCACACGCCGACCACGCAGUGCAUACGCAUCUUCUCUUAAUGACGGCGGGAGCGUGCAGCGCGGGAAACGGGGGGAGGAAGGAUUCACACUAAUACCCUUGAACACUCAGUGGACCAUAAUAAUAAUAAUAGUAAUGCAGCAUUUCUAAAGACAAUGAUGCUGAUGAAUAAUAACAAUAAUAAUAAUGACGCUAUAGAUUUAUUUGGAGACAGUCUCUUGGUGGGGAAACUAGUGUCUUAUCUCUCUUCAGGCCUUCAUUUUGAACCCCUUGCAUCUCUUCAGUCUUUGCUUUUGAUUCCUUUUGUACUCAGCAGAUAUUUUUCCAUGAAGCUGUCCGACGAGGCCUGCACUUUUCUACUUGCGUCUCUUCAUGACCCCCACUUUCUCGCUUUCUCUUUGUCCUUGCGCCCUUCUAUGUGACAUUAAUCCACGGGUGUCAAACUCUCUUUUUAAAAAUUUAAUUAAUUAAAAAAAAUUUUUUGUCAUGGGCCCCAUCAUAGUUAUGAUGUCCAUCAGAGGACCAUUAUGAGGGAAACCAUAUAAAUGUACAGCUCUGGGGCAAAAAAUAAUAGACCUAAAAAAAAAAGCUUUACCAUUUUUGGGUAUUUAGAACUUUUUUCAUGUUCUGCUAAUAAAUGCUCUAAGUGUAAAUGAAAAUAUUUGUAUUUGGAAUUUUGUCAGUAGUUUAUAGAAUAAUGUUCAUUUUGCGCAAACGUAUACAAGUAGCAAAAUUAGAGAAAUUGAAUUUUGCAGCAGUCUCUUUUUUUCAGAGCUGUAUAAUUGUCUCAUAUGCAACAACUUGAUGGAUACAUUUUGAAAUCAGAAGUCAUUACCCUUUUCAAAAGGGAUUUUAUUAGUAAAAAAAAAAUGCAAUUUCUCUUUGUAAGUGAAGACUAAUUUCAGUUUGACAAGAAAUAUAAAGUAGACGCAAAGGAUUUUUCUGACAUGGCGGGCCCGAUCUGGCCCCAGGGCCUUGAGUUUGACACCUGUGACAUUAAUCCUAUUGUUUGGUUGCGCCCGGCGUGUUGUCACCCACCCACCACCUCCACCCACCACCUCCUCCUGCUCCUCCUCUCCUCUUCUGUUGUGGCCUCAAAGACCGAAAGUAGCCAUCAAGCGAUGCCAAAUGUCUGUAGAAGUGAGCACAUUGUCUCUACUUGUGGAGCCCAGUCAAACAUUUGACAAUCCUCCUCAGAUACGUGUGUGUGUGUGUGUGUGCGCGCGCGCGAGUGGACUAGUCUAUCUCUGUCCGCACAAACCAUGAUACCCCACUUUUGCAUUGUGUUUCUAUCGCUUUGAAAAAUCCUACGUGUGUGCGUCCGUGCGCGUGUGUGUGUGUGUGUGUGUGUUUUGUCUGCUCCAGUUCACCUCCCCCCACGGCAGUCUCCAAGGCAGGAGCUGACCCAUCCACGCCCUCCCCCACUCACACCCACGCACACACACAUGCGCGCACACGCACACACCCUCCUAGUCCACUCACAUCCUGUCUGUUUCGCUUCCAUCGGCUCCUUCAGCCUUUUCUGUGUGCCUGUGAGAGAGUGAGUGCUCGUUCGUCUUUUUUGCUGUGAGUGUGUUUGCGUGUGUGUUGCUGGUAAAGGAGGUUUUUUUUUUGUUUUGUUUCUGUGAGAGAGUAUGUUGUAAGUAUGACAUUGAGAGUGUGUGUGCGCGCACUUGAGUGUUUGUGCUGCUGUGUCGGAGUGUACGUGUUUCUAUGAGAGAAGAGUAUGAGUGAGAGCAUUCUUUGUGAUUGUAUGCCUGUGUGUGUUCCUGACUGAAAGAGAGGGUGUUAGUGAGAGAAGUAUGCGAGUGUGUAAUGUGAGAGUGCAUUGCUGUCUUGAGUCUUGGUAUGUGUGUCCCUGCGAGAGGAGUGUCAAAGAGUGCUUGUGUUUGUGUGAGAGCGUGUGUGUGUAGUGCGAGUGUUUUCAUGUGUUGCUAUGUGUGAGAGUGGCUAUGAAUGUGUAUACUUUGAGAGUGCGCAUGUUUCUGUGAGUCUGUUCCUGUGAGAGUGACUUUUGUGAUGUCGCCCAUAAACAUUUGCUCCAACAAGGAGGUCUUGUUUAAGCAGAGUUCCUUCCAUACAAAAAAAACACACACAAGGGGUCAUUUGAAGUAUUUUCCAUGCACUGUUACCCUCCAACCCAACCCCUGCCCCCUUCCCUGCCCGCCUGCCUGUCCAUAGGAACACGAACAAACAAAACGCAAACAGCUCUUACUGUUUUCAUUCCGGUCUUCCGCCCCAAUCUGGCAGCAAAGCUGUGCGGCACUCUGCAUCCAUACGUGGUGCACAAAAUGGACGCCUGUGCAUCGUCCUUUAUUUUUCUCUCGUUUUAUUUCUCCGUGAGUUUGCAGUAACUGCCUCCUUUUUAGUGUUCACAACAUUUGUAUACGAAAUGUGCUCAAGACGCGAAGAAGCCAUGACGAACUCGAUUCUAAUGACAACCGAUUCUUUAAGGGCUUCCUGGGUUUUUUUUUUGGUUUUUUUUGUUUUGUUUUAUUUUUUAGGCUCACACAGUAGGAAGAAUCGACCAUCCUUUACGGCAGCUAGUGGCGAUCAUCCAGGGCUUCCACGCACAAUUUAUGUUCUAAUCCCAGCAAACAGCAGAAUGUUUCGCUUGAUCUUGGACUGAAUUGUCACAUGGGAUUUAAUUAAGUGGGGCUGUUACAUGUGUGUGCAAGAAGGAAGUGCGUUCGGAGCCCUUAAAGCCCUUCUUUAAAAACAGGAAAUUUAAACGUGUUGUUGUUGUUGAGUCCAGGUGGCCAAUGAGAGAAUGUUAGGCUUAAUGUACAGUACUUUAAUUGUUAAAAAAAAAAAGGUACAACUUUUUUCAGAUUGACUGCUGAUUUUUAUUUUUUUAGGCCCAAUGUGUUCCCCUACCCCCAUUUUCUCACUUAAAGGUUUGAAAACAGGGUUUCCUGAGGCAUGCUAGCCUGACCUCUGACCCUUUUUUUUCUGAUUAAGGGGGGGGGGGGAUGCAAAGAGAAGCCUCUGCAACGAAGGGGGCAGGGCGCGGAGCCAGGGGGGGACUCGUGCAAGCUCCCGCCUGCCCCCCGCUCGCCUAUUUUUUAUUUUUUAUUUUUUUUGCUUUAAUUCUCUUUUGUACGCUGAACCAAAAUGUAAAACCACGUCAGCAGAAGUACCUGUGUGUGUAAAUAUUGGAACAAUCAUCGGCGUCUCGUUUUCGUGAGCAAAAUGGCUUCUUUGAAAACGAGAACUUGUAUCGUUACUUGUAAGUUAACCAUCUGCAUGUCAUUAGAUCAUUUUUAAGAUUUAAAAAAAACUUUUUACACAUUUUAUUUUUACAAUUGAUUUGCUUACCUAAAUAUCCCAGACAAUAAUGUGACCGUUUAUUAAGAUUUUUUUAUUUUCAUUUUUUUUAAUUUUCAUUAUUUUCUGUGUACUACAUAUAGGCAAUUUAUAACAAAAUGAGAAAAUUAUUGAAGAAAAUUUUAAAAUUGAAAUAUAUUUUAUUUGAAAGUUUAUGGACCUUUUAACGGAGAGCCGGGAAAAAUUGUAUCAUGAUAUGAUUUGAGCUGGUUUGACGGUUAUGAGAAAUGUAUCAAGAGUUUUAUUUUUUAUGCUUCUUUAAUAAAGUCUUUGGUUUUUGGUUUCAUUUUUUUACUGUAAAAUGACAA